AUGGACACCGAGGAACACACGAGCCAAAUAAAUCAAUUAACCUUCGACACACCAAGGAAAUUCAGCUCGAACUUCCAAAGACUGAUCAGAGAGAAGUCUAAACAAACACUGACCACCACUAGCAACAGAUACAAAGCCAUAACAGACGACUCAGACUCCGAACUUGACGGCGAUAUUGGGAAAAUCGUCAAAAGAAAGCUGAAAAACAUCCCAAAUAAUAAAAUUCUAGAAGAAAAAACAGCUGAGAAAAUAACUACUGCCGUAACAGCCCCCAAACUUAUUAAAAACAAUCCCACUGUUAAAACUACAAUAGCCCUCAAAACCAAAAUUAAAGGAGGGUUUAGUGUUAAACACACUAAUAACUCCACUAUCCUAUUUGUGGACGAAAAGGAGGAACACGAACGAAUUCUACAGAGUGUCAGGGACGAAAAUAUCGCACAUCACACGUAUACAAACAACGAUGAUAAAUCGCAUGCGUUUGUAUUGAGAGGACUAGCAGACGGAACCAAACCCCAAGACAUAGAGGAGGACUUAGACGCCGAUAUGAAAAAAAAAAAAUCAGAAUCGUAUUCAAGAUGA